UCAGGAUAGCGUUCUGGAGCUUCCCGGACAACGAGGAGGACAUCAGGCUCUACUCGUGCCUGGCCAAUGGGAACGCGGAAGAGUUUCAAAAGGGCGAGUACUUCUUUCGGCAGAGGAGCGUCAAGGACACCCUGCAGAUCGGCUUCCACCUGAGCGCGAGCGUGAACUCGCGCGAGCAGGGCAUGAUGAACGGCGUCAGGUCACAGUUCAACGUCGCGGUGACGUUCGAUCGGCGGAAGAUCACGACCUGCACCUGCACGUGCCCGUCGAAGGCCUAUUGGUGCGCCCAUGUGGUCGCCGUAUGUCUUCACAGGAUACACAUGCCCACGCAGGUAUGCCUGAGAGCUCCGGUCAGCGAGUCCCUGUCGCGUCUGCACCGCGACCAGCUGCAGAAGUUCGCGCAGUAUCUGAUCAGCGAGCUGCCGCAGCAGAUUCUGCCCACGGCGCAGCGCCUCCUCGACGAGCUGCUGUCGGUGCAGCCGAGCACCAUCAACAGCUACUGCGGCGCGCCCGACCCGACCGCGGGGCCCUCGGCGCACGACCAGACGUCCUGGUACCUGGACGAGAAGACCCUGCACGACAACAUCCAGAAGAUCCUCAUCAAGUUCUGCGUGCCCGCUCCGAUAGUCUUCAGCGAUGUAAAUUACCUUAGCACGACCGCGCCGCCGGCAACCGCGGAGUGGUCCUCGCUGCUGCGACCCCUGCGCGGCCGUGAACCGGAAGGCAUGUGGAACCUCCUGUCGAUCGUGCGCGAGAUGUUCAAACGCACCGAUCGCAACGCGAUACCGUUGCUGGAGAUCAUCACCGAGGAGUGCAUGGCCUGCGAGCAGAUCCUCGUCUGGUGGUUCAACACGAAGGUAGCGUUGCUGAACGGGACCGGGUACGGCGGGAAGAACAACAUGAACAGCAACGUGCACGCGUCCCAGCACGCCUGCUCGUCCCUCUGCGACGAGAUCGUCGUGCUAUGGAGACUGGCCGCGUUGAAUCCCGGACUGUCCCCCGCCGAGAGAGAAAUGCUUCAUAAUCGGUUCACAGCCUGGCACAUGAAGAUCAUCGAUAAGGUGAGGAAGAGCCGGGGCAAUUCGGUGACGCACAAUUCACACAACAGGAACAACAGCGGCGGCCACAAGGACUCGCUGAAGAACGAUCUGGCGGUUUUCACCGGGUUCAAAUCAGCCCUGGAGGCCUGCUAUCUGGAUUGGGAGGAGUACACGUUGCCGGGUAUCACCUACACCGCCGGAAGCAAUCCCAUGUAUCAUUGUCCGUUUACCUGCUUCCGGCACGUCGGAGAUUCUAGGAGCGAGGUGAACUCGAGCGCGGCCGUGUUGAAUUGUCAGCCGCCGGUCUCGCAUCAUCACGGGAGACGCAUGGAAUUCAGCUACAUGGACCGGAAGCGGUUAAACCCGCGGAACUUCACGAGCCUGUGUCUGCGGAACGGCGGCGGAGAUGGGAACCGGAGCAGCGUCAGUUCCGAGGGUUUCUGCGAGAACGAGACCGACAUACCCGAUAUAUCCGAGCCUCAAGUGGUGCUCGUCAGACGAUGUUGCGCUCAUCUAAACAAUUGCGGGGACACGGACUCACAGGAGGGUGGUGGCAGCGAGUCGUCGUCCAACAGUAACGAAAGCCUGAAGAACGCUCAAGAUUCGGACAAGCACCGCUCAAACGCCUCGUCCGAGACCCAUAGUGAUAGUAGUGAUAGUAGUAAUAACAAAGCUGCCACGGACAUGAAGCGCAACAGGGUGAACCACGAGCACCGCGAGAAAUCGCGCGCCGCUCUGCCGAAGGGCAGCGGUUCGAAGGACAAGCAGGAGUCCGACCAGGAGAAGGACCCGUCCAGGAGACCGUCCAAGGACGAGAGCUCGUCGUCGAGCAGCGACAGUCCAUCCUGCGACGAAUAUCACGUUUACUACUACGACCCCAAAGCCGUGGCCAGCACCAACGGCACCUCCGGCAAGGACUUCAACAAGGACUCCCAGAAUUCCGGCACACCGAGCGCGAGCACUAUUCUGGGCAACCUGAUGAAGACCGAGGACCCAUGGGAUAUACUCUUCGCCAGGGCAGAGGGGCUCUACGCGCACGGACACACGCGGGAAGCUUGCAUUCUGGGCGUGCAGCUUGGGGAAGAGCUGCUGGCGAACCCUCCGAAUCUCAUGAUCAACGAACCUCCUGUGCCUGUCAAGGGGAAGAAGAAGAAGCAACAAGUAAACCCGGCGUCUCAUCAGCUCACGUGCCUUGCGUCGGCUACUUUGGCAAAGUGCUGCUUCCUCUGCACGGUGCUAGCAGAGAAUCCCGAGUAUCACAACCUGGCGUUCAGAGUCGGUUUGUUCGGCUUGGAGAUGGCUAGGCCGCCGGCUAACACUAAGCCUCUUGAGGUUAAAUUGGCUCAUCAGGAGAGCGAACUGGUAACUCUUCUGAAGAGGAUCCCGCUAGGUCCAACCGAGCUAGCCAUGGUCCAACAGAGAGCCGAGCAACUUAGGGACGGUGUGCUGCGGUCCAGAGGUCACGCGUUGCUUCCCAUUAUGUUGGCCAGUUUCAUAUUCGACGCCCUGACAUCAAGAGUAAAACACCUGCCCACAGACGUUGACGAGAACCUCGGAUUCGACGCGGCCGUCACCGCUCUGGGGCUGAAAGCGAACGUAAGCGAAGCCGAUCAUCCGCUUCUUUGCGAAGGCACGAGACGCCAAAGAGGAGACUUGGCCAUCACAUUGCUGGUCCACUACAAGUCCGAGCCCGCGAAGGUGGCCAGAAUCAUGAACAAACUGUUGGACCGGGACGUUCAUCAGUUGAUCAAGACGCCAAUUCUGCCGAAGUAUUACACCUCGAACAACCGACCCACCAAGAGCGAGAUGGUCAGCUAUCUUCACGACGAAGAAUGCUCCUCUCCGCUCACUGGAACGGACGCUGGUAACGGCGAGAACGUUAUCAGCAACAGCAGCAGACCGCACAGUAGCACCAGCGCGGAACUAGAAACUGGAAUGAGUGCGUUCACAGUGCAACCGCAGAUUGUCCAGCAAACUGUGCCUACCAGGACGAAGGAGACAAGAUACAAAAAUAAAAGGGUCUAUCCAUCCAUUCCUAACCAGCCGUCCGAAGCCGGCGCUCAUUUCAUGUGCGAACUGGCGAAGACGGUUCUGAUGAAGGCUGGGGGCAACAGUUCGACGUCGCUGUUCACGCAAGCGUCCACCAGCCAGAAUCAUCACGGGCCGCACAAGGCUCUGCACAUGUGCGCGUUCCAGCUCGGCCUGUACGCUCUUGGACUGCACAAUUGCGUGACGCCGAACUGGCUCAGCCGCACAUAUUCGAGCGACGUCUCUUGGAUCACGGGUCAGGCGAUGGAGAUUGGCGCGCCGGCGAUCUGGUUCCUUAUCGAGAGCUGGGAGGGACACCUAACGCCACCGGAAGCCGUCAGCAUAGCGGACAAGUCAUCGAGGGGUAGCGAUCCGAAUAUGGUCAGAGCAGCCGCGGAACUCGCGUUGUCCUGUCUGCCGCACGCCCACGCGUUGAAUCCAAAUGAGGUUCAAAGAGCCAUUUUACAGUGUAAGGAACAAAGCGAAACGAUGUUGGAGAUGGCUUGCAUCACCGUGGAAAACACCGCUAAAGGCGGCGGUGUUUAUCCGGAAGUGCUUUUUCAGGUCGCCAAGUAUUGGUACGAACUAUAUCUGAGGCACACGCCUGGCGGUGAGCAGCAGGACGACAUGCCGCCACAUGACCCUCUACAGUUAGACUUGAACGGUUUGUUCAUGGUGGAGCCUGGUCCACCGGUGGACAUGUCGAAUGGUCAGAUGAUGCCUGGACCCACGCAGGCUGUCGUCGUGACCAGCACUCAGCCACCUCCUCAGCCGUACCCUACUCAUCCAACCAUAACCACGUUGGCACCUUUAGGGGUUGGCAUGCCGUACGCAAUGGGCCCCUACAGUUUCGUACACCCUCACCACUCCAUCACAACCUUUGGCGGGCCGAUGCCCUCGCACAGGGUAACUCUGCCGCCAGCACCGUCGCACAUGCAGAUGUACCACGCUGCGUUCCCGUCUCAUCCCGGCCACCCGCAGCAUCCCCAGCAUCCGCACCACCCGACGCAGUCCGCGCAGCCGCAGUCGCUACCACAGUACUACACACCGCAACCACCGCCACCACCGGGAACUCAUCAUCUGUUCACUAUGCAGCAGCCCAUGCCGGUCAAUGUACAGGCAGGAGUGACCGGGUCCAUUCCUGGACAGAACAAUAUGCCUGGCUCAGCGCUGGUCCAAGCACAGCCUAUGAUAUCCACUGUGAGGACACAGCCGCAGGUUCACAGGCAGACUCAAACAUUCAGCCCCUACCAGCUCCGAGCCCUCGUCUCAGCGUAUCGCGUGGGUAUGCUAGCCUUGGAGACUCUAGCUCGCAGAGUGCACGACGACAGACCGCAGGCGAAAUACGCGCGGAAUCCUCCAUACGGGGAGGACGUGAAGUGGCUGUUGAGAGUGUCGAAGCGUCUCGGCACGCAGUACCUCCACCAGCUUUGCAUCUGUACCGUGAACAGCAUCGUUAGCCCGUUCGUCCUCCACGACGUCGUACUGGAGGCGGCGCAGUACCUAGCUAGAAGCAAUCCGGCGCUUGUGAUCCACCACUUGAGAUCUGCCCUGCUGGCCCCUCUCGUUCACAAGUGUCAACAGAUGUACAUUCAGUGCAUGCACCAGAAACUGUAUCAUCUGGUGGUCGGCGACUACGAGGAGUUCGCGAACGUCGUGUGCGCGGCUAGGGCAGCGUUUCAUAUCACUCCGGAAGGACAUGCUCAGUUCAAGGAGUGGCUACAGUCUAUCAAAAGAUCUCAGUCUUGCAACAAAGAACUGUGGGCGCAGAUCAACGCGGCGCUGCAACAGAAUGGCAAAUGACACAGAGCGGAGCCAGGCGUGACGUGGCUCAGCUCGCUCCCGCCACCACCACCUCCACCGCCUCUACCACCACCCCCGCCGGCGACCCUAGUUCUCCAACAUCAGCAUCCCUGUCAUUCUCAUCCGCAGAGCAUCGUGUGCGUUCACAGGCUGGCCAACCUCGACAAGCUGGAUCAGGAUCAUCACAACGACGCCGCGCAUCGCCGGCACGCGGCGGCCGUCGUCCCGUCAUCGUCAUCGUCGGCAGCGACGUCGACGACCACGAACGAGCACCGGACCAUC